CGCUCGCAGUUCCAGAGGAGCCCUGAAUGUCUCCUUUGAUGGGUCUCAUCCAGUCCAGACACAUUUCCCCUUUUCACAAAUCGCCACAUUGAAGGAGGUGAAACGCUGCCAUGAACAGAGAAGUGCUGGCUUUGAUUUUCCUCUUUCAAACUUAUGGUGAAAGUUUGUGCCAAAAUGGGACCAGACCCAACAUUGUGAUGGUGAUGAGUGAUGCAUUUGAUGGACGACUGACCUUUGAUCCUGGCAGCAAAGUUGUGCACCUGCCGUAUGUGAACUACCUCAGGGAGCUUGGUGCUACAUUCCUCAAUGCUUACACCAACUCACCCAUCUGCUGCCCCUCACGAGCAGCAAUGUGGAGUGGUCAGUUCGUUCACCUCACUCAGUCGUGGAACAACUACAAGUGCCUCAAUGCUAACGCAACAACAUGGAUGGAUUUGCUGGAGGCGAGCGGAUAUCUAACUAAGAUGAUGGGCAAGCUGGACUACACCUCAGGGAGUCACUCUGUCAGUAAUCGAGUAGAGGCCUGGACGCGAGAUGUUCACUUCCUCCUGCGCCAAGAGGGCCGACCUGUUACGCAACUCGUCGGGAACAUGUCAACGGUAAAGAUCAUGAGAAAAGACUGGGAAAACACGGACAGGGCUGCACAGUGGAUCCACCAGAGAGCUGUAUCCUCACACCAGCCCUUCGCUCUUUACCUUGGCCUCAACUUACCUCACCCCUACAGAACUGAAUCCCUGGGGCCCACCGCUGGAGGAUCCACCUUCCUUACCUCUCCAUACUGGCUGGAAAAGGUGUCUUCUGAGCUCGUCACCAUUCCUAAAUGGCUGCCUAUGGCUGCCAUGCACCCUGUUGACUACUACUCCACCUUCACCAAAAACUGCAGCGGAGCUUUCACUGAGGAGGAAGUCAGAAGCAUAAGGGCCUUCUAUUAUGCCAUGUGCGCUGAAGCUGAUGCCAUGCUGGGCCAGGUGAUUUCAGCUCUGAGAGAGACCGGCCUGCUUAACAACACUGUUGUGAUAUUCACUGCUGACCACGGAGAGCUCGCCAUGGAGCACCGGCAGUUCUACAAGAUGUCAAUGUUUGAAGGCAGCUCCCACGUUCCCCUGCUCAUCAUGGGACCUGGACUGAUGUCUGGCCUGCAGGUCGACCAGCUCGUGUCUUUGGUUGAUCUCUAUCCCACUGUGCUGGACAUUGCUGGUAUUUCACCAGUAGGUAUUCUCAGUGGCCACUCGCUCCUCCCUCUGCUGUCCAAGGCCAGCACUUUUUCCAAGAAGCAGCAUCCAGACUGGGUCCUGAGUGAAUAUCAUGGCUGUAAUGUCAAUGCCUCUACAUACAUGCUUAGAAGUGGUCGGUGGAAAUAUAUUGCCUAUGCAGAUGGCAUGAGUGUGCCCCCGCAGCUUUUUGAUGUAACACUGGACAGGGAAGAACUUCAUAAUGUAGUCCUCAAAUUCCCAGAUGUGCGGGCGCAUCUGGACAAGCUAUUGCGUAGCAUUGUAGACUAUCCAAAAGUCUCUACAACUGUCCAUCUCUACAAUAAAAACGCAUUUCGUGCCUGGCGCCACAGUUUGGGGAGGAACUACAGCCAGGUCAUUGCUAACCUCAGAUGGCAUGUGGACUGGCAAAAAGAUGCGUUAGCCAAUGAGAGAGCUGUUGACAAGUGGCUCAAUGGCUCUUUGUAAUAUUAAGUUGUAGUGAUAGCCUUAAGGUUUUUUUAAUGAGCUGGACUCAAACUUGAACUUUUACUCUCUUCAUUGACAAUGAGAGCCAUUGAUGGGUGGCUCUGUGGCUUUUAACAAUAUUUAUGCUGUAAAAGUUAUAAUGAAUAAUUUCAGAGUAUCUUUUUUUAAUGUCCUCGUUCACACUGACUAAAUCAGGACUUUUUAUGUCACAUCUCCUCCUCCAUGACAUGAAGUAUUUUCAGUCCAUUCUAUUAUUAAUUUCCUAAUUCUUUUUAUUUUUCAAAUAAAGAAAUGU